AGGGGUUGAACCUUUUAAUAGUUUAGUACAAUAGCUCAAAGUUUUGUAAUAAAUAAAACAUAUUCUAAUUGUUAUAAAAGUUCACCAUUUUGUAAUAACAAAUAAAACAUUUAUGAAAUACACAAACAAAUACAUUAUUAUUUAAACCAGUUCUACUUUAAUUCAAUAGAUGAGUAUAAGAUUCCUCAGUUUUGCUGGCUGGUAAUAGGAUGUUGUGUAAAAGGAACUCAAUAGAGCGAUUGUGUCAGCCCAUGUUUCCUGUCUAAGCCUUCUUCCUAUGCAGUUAGUUCUCUACUAUUUGCUUUGAUGUAUUUAGUGCAGCGUGCUGUUAGCCAGCUUUGUUUUGCUCUUUCUGUUUGUUGAUAUUUGGCAUGAUAGGCUUCAAUUUUGAGAUUAUGGUUUUAGAUUACACUUGGGUUUAAGAUGAUAGUUGAUAUUUGCAAAUAAUAUGGAUAAUACAAAACAAAAAAGACAAUCUGGAUAUGAAUCUGUUCUUGAUGGCUUUGCGAGUGAGCUCGGUUCUACUCUCGAUGAUUUGGACUUUGACUGGGAUUCUCCAUCUGCUGCUGGUGCUAAUGGAAGAAUGGCAAAUGAAGUGGAUGACUUCAGCAAGGCGCAAAACCACUGUAUUUCUACAACCCAGUAUAUUCUUUGGGGAACAGAGAAACCGCGCAGCAAGAGGCAGGUAAAACAUCCGAACUUGAUUCCACUUUCACAAUACAAAACUAAUAAAGAGACAGCACAAGAAGAAGGCAGAAAAUAUAGGAGAGGAAGCAAAUCUAAGAAGAAACACGGCGGCGGAAUAUUUAAUAAAAUUGCAUCUGGACUUACACGCAAGCCAACUCGUAAAUUGCUCGUUGAUAACAAAGAACUUGAAGUGUCAAGUCCGAUCACUAAAAGUGGAUCAAUACAUAGCGAUGAUUCAAGUGAAAGUGACUUGUCCGUGUCACAAUGCGACAGUGAAAGUGUGGAUAGCAUUGAAGUACAAACACAGACAACAUCAAGUUCGCAGCUUGAAAGUAUCCCAGAAGUAGAAGGGGGAAGUGAUAACCCUCCCAGACCCACUCCUGCCCCUAGAAGAGGAACCCCAUCACCUAACCCUGGUUCAAGGCCAGACUCCCCUGAUUUCAAACCUUCUCCUGCUAGAAUUCCUGAAAUAAGCGCAACUGCUCCGCCGGAAAACGAAAAACAAGAAACUUCUGCAAAACCUUUAGUUAUUAGUGGGGAAACACCCAAUAUAAGCACAAUAGUAACUUCUAGCGACGAAAAACAAGAAAUUCCAGCAAUACUUUCACCCAAUGUUGAAAACUUGGAUCCAGGAUCCGUUAAAUCUUUAGAUCAUCUUGGACUCCCUGAAUUAAAGUCCUCUGAUAGAACAUCAAGCCAUGAAUCGGUCGGAUCAGCAAGCUCCACUGGAUCAGUUCAUUCAGAGGAGCACGGAGAGACAGCUGAUGUCACAAUGGUAGAAGUGAUGUCAGAAGUAGCACACACUAACCCUACCUACCCAGUCAUCGAGGAAGUCAUUGAACCACCCCCUCUGGAGCCAAGUUUGUUGAAACGAAACAAAACUUUGAAAUGGUCGGGAACAAGAAAAGCUCCAGCUCUUAUUAGGGAGUUUACUCGUAGACAGAAAAGAAAACAAAAACAAUCUGAAUCUUCUCCAACCAAGAGUGCUGAGAGCCAAAAAGCUCCAAAACCAAGUCCAAGAAAGAAAAAGAUUGAGUCUCAAUCAAGUGAAUCAAAUGACCUAGGCAUGCAUUCAGAUGACAGCUUUUCAGACAUUACAGCUCUGGAUAUCCAACCGAUUGAACAAAAGUCCGAAAAAAAUAAGCGCGACAGUGCGUUCAUCGUAUUAUCAUCUUUGUUGCCUCCUGCUCCAAAGUUAAGAAGAACUUACAGUUCUAAGGUGCGGGCUUACCUGCAAAAGAUGGGAACUAAUGUUAAUAAUGCUCUUGGGUUUGCAGUCACUCAGUUUGUGGAGCAAAGCUUGAAAAACAAGGAGCAGCGUCCACUUGUACUUUUGCACGAUGUUCGGAGUUUUUUGACAGACAUCAAGCGGUAUUUGAUAUCCAACCCUCACCUGGGGUUGGUGAAGAAAAUACAGAAGAUCGUCAACUAUAGUUCUACUGUGGAUGUGGAAGGGGCAGUUGACGACGCUUUGGAUAAAUUGGUUUUGUAUCCUUUGCAUAGCUUGAUUUAUAAAUGUCUUGUUAUCGAUUACACGAGAUCAGGACAGCUUAAAGACCUGGAAGAAGCGAUUGCUCUGGCAAAGACCAAGACAAACCAGGAGCUUGGGAUCAGGGAUACCGUUGUUCCUCCUGAUGCGGAAAGUUUGUCACUUAUUAAAGGACACUUUGCACAAUUGCAACGAACGUAUUCCCCUUAUUUUAAACUGAAGGAACUCCUGGCAGCAGUGACCAAAAUCUAUCAAAGCACCAAAGAUCUUAGAGUAGACGAUGGGAGCUCGAAAGCAAUCGGGGCCGAUGAUUUUCUUCCCCUUCUUGUUUAUUCGAUCGUUCAUUGCGAUUUUGUUGCAGCAGAUAUUGAAGCUCAGUAUAUUGAUGGUUUAUUGGAUCCUGCCUUGUUAGUUGGGGAGGGUGGGUAUUACCUAACCACCUUAAUCAGUGCAGUGCAAGUUGUUUUCAGUAUGAAGAGGAAAGAGACCUCACUACCAAGCAUUAGUGACCUGCAGGUAGGUUUCCUGAAAGUUGGUAUUUCUCCCAUAAAUGAAGAUUCAAACAAGCGCCUGAAGAAACCAGAUGAUGAUGUUGUUUUGCAUAAAACACUUCAUGUUCCUCCAGCAAUGACUGCACGAAACCUAUGCCAUAUGAUCACAAGGAAGUUUAACAUUGAAGCUCCUGAUGAUUACUGCUUGCAUGUUGUCGCAAAUGGCAUAGCUCACCCACUUGAACCAAACGAAUGCCCACAACUAGUAAAGAUGGAUCUUUUAACACAAUUCUCUGCAACUGCAUUCUACUUUUCCUAUCAACGUAAGAAUCCAAAACAAGACCAACCCGCACAGGAGAAUAAUAACACCUUUGAAGAAUUAGGUGAUAUACCAGAGGAUCAAAGCAAGCUUGUCUCAAACGAUCCUGUUCCUACCUUGUCAUCUCCUAAGGAUCAGUUGUCUCUUGUAAAUGAGGAUAGUGUUCCCUCCCCCAAAAAUGAGGAACAUGUUUCCUCCCCCAAAAAAGAAGAAAGUUUUUCCUCCCCCAAAAAAGAGGAAAAUUUUUCCUCCUCCCAAAAAGAGGAUAAUGUUUCCUCCCAAACUGGGGAAAAUAUUUUGCCAGAAGUCUCGGUGGUAGACAUGUUAGAGGGAAAAGAAGAUGUUCCUGAAGAAGGUCUUUCGCAAGAAGACGGAGAAAAGGAUGAAGAAGACAAUAAUCCAUCCUUCUCUCAAGAAGAUGAAUCACAACAUCUUUUAAUUACUCAGGAUCAUGCUUAUUCGUUAAGUGAAGAACAUCUUCCUUCUAUAGCUACUGAUAAAAACAUUGUAAAGAUAAAAUCCCUCACUCCUAGUCACUCUUCAAGGCAAAGCAAUCAACCUAAUACAUCAUUUGCAUACGACCUACAGCGUAUUCGUUCUUGCAGCAGCAUUGAGGAUGUUUUUACUCCUGUUACCCAAGGCAUGUCUCAUGCAAACUCACAAAUUUCUGUAGCGAGCUUAACAGAGUUCUUUGAGCAUAAAGCCACUACACCCUCAUUGCCCAACUAACUUAAAACACCAUAAUUUUAAAAACAGUACAUCACUGUAAAACUGGAAAUGUGUUGCUGCAUUUGUGAUUGUUAAAGGGUUUAAUGUCUUACAAUUUCUGAAGUAACUUACCGGAAGAGCACUGCCCACAAAAGUGUUUAUACUUGGAUUUUCAACCAGUGUCACCUUUCCCUUACCUUGGUUGUCUUUAUUAAAAAAAAAGAAAAAAGUAAUACAUUCUGUUUGCUUCAAUUAAGUAAGAAUUACGUUUGAAAUGUUAAUGUUACCGCUAUGACUGCCGCGUCCAGUACAAUAAACGCACGUUGCA